AAAAUAACGCUAUCUAUAUUCGUGCUAACCUGUUAUAAAUACCAUCUCCAAUUCCCCCAUAAACCUUCAUCAUUCAAGCCUCGAUAUCUAGUAUUUCAUCCGAUCGCCUGAUAGUUUGAAAAAAUCCAGUAACUCUACAACUAAUCAAUCAUGGGUCUUAAGGAAGACUUUGAGGAGUAUGCUGAGAAGGUCAAAUCCUUGCCUAGUUGUUCUAAUGAGGAUCUGCUCAUCCUCUAUGGGUUAUACAAGCAGGCCACAGUUGGAGAUGUGAAUACCGAACGCCCUGGUUUGUUUGAUCCAAAAGGAAAGGCGAAAUGGGAUGCUUGGAAGGGUAACGAAGGAAAAUCUACAGAUGAUUCCAUGAAUGAUUACAUCACAAAGGCCAAGCAGUUGUUGGAGGCAGCAGGUCUUCCCGCUUGAUGGGUGUUCGUGGCUAAUUAAUAUUAGCUCCAUUCAUGUUGUUUCUUCCUAAAUUGAUCAAAUUUGAUUGCUGUAGUUUAUUAAGUCAUGGGAAUGGAGUUGUGUGAACCUUAAGUUGUAAUCAAGGAUCAUAAUAUUUCAGUAAUAUCCACUUUUAAAAUGCAGCUAUCUUUUCGCUAA